GAUAUGAUUUCUACCAUGGUUUUUUCGACUUUUCUUGCGCAUGGUUGCUGUUGCUGCUGCGUUUUUUGUUUUCGGAUAUAAUUUUUGUUCGAUUCGAUUCGUGUGGUGUGUGCUAAUUUAGAGUGAAAAAACUGCCUUUUGUUGUUUGUUGGUUUCGUUCUCAUCAUCUCAGGUCGGCGUAGCGGAAAAGUAGCGGAAAAAGCCGAUCGUCGCUUUUUCAAUUUCCAAAAGCGCGCGUCCAUCCGUAUAUCUGUGUUCUCUCUUGCCGUAUUUGUGCCGUGUGUGUGUUCGUGUGUGUUGUGUUUAAAAUUCUUUCGUUUUAAGCAAAAUUCCCCGCCGAAAUAUUACAUUAUUCGACUCGACUGCCGGUUUCCUUGCAAACUCUGACGCUUUUUACACCGAAAUCAGGAACUGCAGACCACCUUGUUAGCAGCAGACGAGCAGAAGAAUGGCGAUCAUACUGCAAGAGGCCCAGGAGUGGUACAGGGAGCUCUUGGACAACAAGAGCGAUCCCCGUGUGAAAGACUUCUUUCUGCUCUCCUCGCCCCUGCCGACCCUCGGAAUGUGCAUAUUCUAUGCAUAUUUCAGCAAAUCCCUGGGACCAAGGCUGAUGGCCAAGCGGAAGCCAAUGGAACUGCGGUCGGUGCUAGUCAUUUACAACGCGAUACAGACGAUAUUCAGCGCGUGGAUCUUCUACGAGUACUUAAUGAGCGGCUGGUGGGGCCACUACAGCUUUAAGUGCCAGCCAGUUGACUACGGCCACAGUCCCCUGGCCCUGCGGAUGGUCAACAUUUGCUGGUGGUACUACAUAUCGAAGUUCACCGAGUUCUUUGACACGCUCUUCUUCAUCCUGCGGAAGAAGAAUGAGCACGUAUCCACACUGCAUGUAAUCCAUCAUGGCUGCAUGCCGUUCUCGGUCUGGAUGGGUCUUAAGUUUGCCCCAGGUGGCCACAGCACUUUCUUCGCCCUGCUGAACGCCUUUGUGCACAUUGUGAUGUACUUCUACUACAUGAUCGCAGCAAUGGGCCCCAAGUACCAGAAGUUCAUCUGGUGGAAGAAGUACCUGACCACCUUCCAAAUGGUUCAGUUCGUGGCCAUCUUCACGCACCAGUUCCAGCUGCUGUUCCGCGACUGCGACUAUCCCAAGGGCUUCAUGGUCUGGAUUGGCCUGCAUGGCGUGAUGUUCCUGUUCCUGUUCUCCGACUUCUACAAAGCCAAAUACCUGACUGUGACCCGUCGUCGCCGGCAGGCCGUCAAGGCCAACGGUCAUGCCAAUGGCCAUGGCCUGCACACAAACGGGCACAGCAAGCACUUGGGCAACGGCGAUGCACUGGUCGCCAACGGCAGCAAUAAGGGGGCCUGCAUGCCCGUGCUGGAGGACGAGUACGUGACGAGGAACGGGAACGGGCAUGCCGGUGGCGGCGGCUUCGAGGACGGCUUCUUCAAGGAGGGCGCGUUGUCCAGCAACGAGUCCAUCCUGAAUCCGGACAGCAGUAGCUCUAGUCUGCACCAGCGCAAAGUCAAAUAACUACUACUAAGAUUUACUACGAUGAUAUUCAUUAUGUUUACCGUUAAGUGCUAGCAUGUAACCGAACCAGAUUGAAGAACAAGACGGCCACGAAGCAGCUGCAGUAUGACCAUUGGAACCUGGCAAGGAACCUGGACCCGGGAGAACCAAUCGCUUUAUGAUCUGUUCUUUUAUUAACUUAUAAACAAUUACGUCUAAUACACAAAACAAUUCACCUCGGAAUCCCUUCGGAUCAACCGCAUUGUACCAAAUUGAACCGACACGAACCGAGUCAACCUGUCCUGCCGUCACCCCACCCUAACCCUACCCUAAAGCUAAGGAGAAGGAUAAGGCGGAGAGCACACCGAACCGAGCUUUUUAUAAACGUUUUCUAUUGUGGCACAAGUUUACAAGCCCAGCCCCCACACGAUCCUUCCCAUCACAGACGCAGACACUCACUCGAAAGUCGACGGUCGACAGAGAAACAUAUAUUUUCGAAUGAUAUUUGUAGAUCCCCAAUGAAUCGCGAAACGUGUUUGAAACCGGCGACAGAACAGAUCCAUUUAUAUUGUAUUAGAUCCCACUACCCAAGAAAAUACCCAUUACUAUACACCUCUAUACACACACACACACACACACUAAUGAUAUGUAUGCAGAUAUACUCGAACGGGCGACACACUCACUCUAGUUGUAGACUUUUUUACGGCAAUUUUUGAUAACAGUCGAGACGUAAUCCUAACGAUAAACGAUAACUAAACUGCUCUUAGGUCUGCUUUAAACUUAAAGAACACGUUAAACUAUUUGUAGCUUGUUUUUGUAUAUUGAGGAGCGAGGAAUGUAGAGAAGGGAAGAAAGAGCAGUUUGUUUGUUGCAAUACUUUGUAAAGGUCUUAUAGUAAAACUUAUGUAUGUAUACUGAUAAGUAUAGUGCUUGAGAAGUAGUUAGCUAGCCAAUUGCGAAACGAGACACACGAUCCCCAGCCUAUAUGUGUAGCACAAGCACAAGAGCUAACUGAGCAAUCAAACAGAUAGUUAGAUAGAUAGACAGACGGACGGACAGACAGACGAACGGACAGACGGACGAACGGACAGACAGACCAUGGAGAUAAAGCUUUUAGACUGUAAGUGCAAAACGGCUUGAGGAGCAGACAAUCAGCGGUGCAGACGAAUUGGUUUGCGAACCAAGAACAAAACUUGUCGACUAUUCGUUUUUAUUGGACCUCAUUUGGUGUGGCUUAUGUAUGUAUACUCGUAUGUUUUGUAAGUGUAGGCCUUACGACUACUUAUUGUAUUAAAUUCCCCAUCCCCACUUUGGUUUGAAGUUGUUAGCUAAGCGGUUUCACUUCGGAGAAGAGGAGCGAUGAGGUUAGUGUUCGAGAAGAUCUAUUCGUAUGUGUAACUGUCUGUUAAUCUGUGCGUAACGUAACGUAGCGUAACGUAACCUAGCGAAACGUAACGUAUCGUACUGUAUUGUAUUUGAUUGGUUUCUUUAUUAAGUUAUGUGGUUUAAGCUGACAAGUUCAAAAACUAUGGAAAACCUGAAUAAAGCUUAUUAAUUUAUAUUGAAA